CUAUCCACUAAGCCAAACGGGCUAGGGCUUCCUGAGUGUUUUUAACUUAGCUGAGACAAUAUUCUGUGUCCUACUUCUUUCUUUCUCUCUCUCUCUCUCUCUCUCUCUCUCUCUCUCUCUCUCUCUCUCUCUCUCUCUGUCUCUUAGUAUUUUGCAACAUUUUCUCAUGCUGACAGAUUUUGUAACAUUUUCUCAUGCCUUUAAAGACUACAAAAAUCGUUUAUAAUGCUGCUUAACAUCUUACAGGUUCUUCCAUAACUGCAGGCCUCUCAGCAUCGCCCAUUUAGCUCCCCCCACACCCAAAGCGAACAUGGGUGCAGAACAGGUCUCAGUACUUAAUGCACUGUGUGUCCUUGGGAGAGAAUUCUUGCCUGGAGGCGUGGAGCCUUCCAGGGAAAGGAAGCUCUGUUCCAGUUGUUUCCUUUUGUUAACUGAUCUGGAGAAAAGAGUCAUAAUGUGUGAAUGACCAGAAUGCCUUUUCCUGUUGUUUGAGCACCCUUCACCUGUCCCCAGGUGAGCGUGGCAGGCAGCCCUGGGCUCACAGCGCCCCCUGGUGGCUCCCCGUGUUGGCUGGCUGCUGGGUCAACGUGAGAAUUGAUGUACUUGGGGUACCACCUCCACAGUGGGGACAUAGUGGGAAAGCCAGGGGAGGAGGAAGUUGUAAUGUGAAUAAAAAUCAGCCUGGCUGGCGUGGCUCCGUGGUUAAGCGUCGAUCUAUGAAUCAGGAGGCCACGGUUUUAUUCCCGGUCAGGGCACAUGCCCAGGUUGCAUGUCCAGUGAGGGGCGCACACGAGGCAGUCAACCAGUGAUUCUUAUCAUUGAUGUUUCUCUCUCUCCCUCUCCUUUCCUUUCUGAAAUCAAUAAAAAAAUAUUUUUUAAAAAAUUAAAACAAGAGGAACCCGCCCUGAGGACUUGGAGGCUGAGGGGCAGAGAGGGCAGCGGCCCCGUCUCUCUCCAGGGGCGGUAGGCCCCGGCUCCACAGGAGUAGGAGCCACUAUCAGACCAGUGGGUGGCAUGUUGCCCAGGGAGGGCGUGGCGCUGGGGCCCUGUGCUGGGCGCGCCCUCUGCCCCUCGCUGCAGGGCCUUACCGCUCAGGGGCAGCAGAGCUGAGCCUGUCCGGAGGAGCCACUGGGACCAGAGGACUGGGCACAACCUGGUGGAAACGAAAGGCUUUUCCUUUGGCGCUAGUCUCUGGACAAGGCCUUUCUGUUGGAAGCGGCUUGCUGUGGGCUGUUAUGCUGCUCCCUCCCAAGCGGGGAGGUUCCUGCAUGGACGGCCGUGAAUGAGCCGUGUGCUUCUCCAUCUCUUCACAUCCAGGCAGAGAAUGGUGCCCCUGGGUCCGCCCGCUGGCUGUCCUGUGUGCUCACCGGACAUGGCACCUGCCAGUACCUGCCACACAGUCCUCUCCUCCUAUCCUCCCAUUAGGCCAUCCUUCCUCUCCGGCUCCUUCCAUCACCUCCUCCUGGGUCUCCCAGCUGCUGUCCCCAGUGGCGUCCUGAAGAGGUGGCUCUUAUGCUGGAUGAGAACCACCACCUGAUACAGUGCAUCCUGGACCAUCAGAGCAAGGGCAAGACGGCCGAGUGUGCCCAGUACCAGCAGAUCUUGCACCGGAACCUGGUCUACCUGGCCACGAUCGCGGACUCCAACCAGAACAUGCAGUCCCUGCUGCCCGCCCCGCCCACCCAGAACAUGAACCUGGGCCCCGGAGCGCUGUCCCAGAGCGGCGCCAGCCAGGGCCUGCACUCCCAGGGCAGCCUCAGUGAUGCCAUCAGCACUGGCCUGCCCCCCGCCUCCCUCAUGCAGGGCCAGAUCGGCAAUGGUCCAAACCACGUGACCCUGCAGCAGACGGCACAGAGCACGCUGCCCACAACCUCCAUGAGCAUGUCCGGCAGCGGCCACGGCUCAGGGCCCGGCUACAGCCACUCAGGACCCUCCUCGCAGAGCGUGCCCCUGCAGGGCCAAGGUGCCAUCAGCAACUACGUGUCACGGGCCAACAUCAACAUGCAGUCCAACCCAGUGUCCAUGAUGCAUCAGCAGGCUGCCUCGUCCCACUACAACUCGGCGCAGGGCGGGAGCCAGCACUACCAGGGCCAGCCCAUCGCCAUGAUGGGCCAGAGCGGGCAGGGGAGCAGCAUGAUGGGGCAGCGGCCCAUGGCGCCUUACCGGCCCUCCCAGCAAGGCUCGUCCCAGCAGUACCUGGGCCAGGAGGAGUACUACGGGGGCGAGCAGUACGGCCACGGCCAGGCAGCCUCGGAGCCGCUCAGCCAGCAGUACUACGCUGACGGGCACAGCGAUUAUGCCUAUCAGCAGUCAUCCUACUCGGAGCAGAGCUAUGACCGGUCCUUCGAGGAGUCCACGCAGCACUACUAUGAGGGCGGGAACUCGCAGUACAGCCAGCAGCAGGCGGGGUACCAGCAGGGCACAGCCCAGCAGCAGGCGGGGUACCAGCAGCAGUACCCCAACCAGCAGAGCUACCCGGGCCAGCAGCCAGGCUACGGGCCGGCCCAGGGAGCCCCCUCACAGUAUUCCAGCUACCAGCAAGGACAAGGCCAACAGUACGGGAGCUACAGGACGUCACAGACCGGCCCGUCCGCGCAGCAGCAGCGGCCGUACGGCUACGAGCAGGGCCAGUAUGGAAAUUACCAGCAGUAAGGGACAGCGUUCUUGGUGGAGCCUUGUGGUGUGUCCGCCAGCGUGCACCGACCUGUGGCGGUUCUGACAAACUGUGGCCCGUCGGUUCCCCCUCGCCCCACACGUGUCGCAUGUGAAGUGUGCACAUUUCAUGCUGGGUAUGACGCCGAGUGUGCCGGAGGCUGGGGACUGCGCGCUGAUGGUGUGACGUACCUGGUGCUGUGUAUAGUAUCAUGUCCACAUGGUGAAUGGAGACGUCGAUGUUUCUAGCUAGCUUUAGGGUCCUCUUGCCAUCAGAGUAUUCUGUGCCCAGCGAUGGGAAUCUACAAGAUGCCAUAGUCAGUGUAUCGUAUAAACAGACCUUAGGUCCAGCUCUCCUCACGCAGGGUAAGGUGGGUUGUAAACCUGUCUCACUGGUGACCCCGCAGCUGGACCUGCUCACGCAGCCCUGGGUGCAGCCUCUUCCCGGGCCUCGGUGGGGCGGGGCUUUGUCUGUGUUUUGGGUCUGUUUCUGUUAAAGGCUACAUAUGUUUCAUGUGGAGAGGCUGAGAACUGCCCAGGACGUCCCGGAGCUCAUUACCUGCGUCUCUCGCUGAUUCCAUCUAUCCAAAAAGUUACAUGCUCUCCUUUUAAAAAGUAAAGCGAGAUCAAUGACUGUUGCAGAUAGGAGUCCACGAAGGCAGCCACCUUUAGCCCAACCCAAGGAGGCAGCGCCAAUGCGCAGAGAGGAGGUGCUCUGACCGGGCUUGGGCCCCGGCCCAUGUUUACCUGAUGGUCAUUUUGGGGGUUUGAAUAGUAAAUGUGCCCCAUUCUAAAUUUAUAGCUUAAAAUAGUGACACCAAACUUUCCACACAGUUGGCAAGUUGUUCGUUUUACGUUUUUUAUUCCACGACCUGCUUGUUCAGAUCGCCAAGCAAGCGUUGCUUUUCUUUUAGGGCCGUGGCUCUCCACCUUCUGGCCCUUUAAAUACAGCUCCUCAUGUGGUGACCCAACCAUAACAUUAUUUUCGUGGCUACUUCAUAACUGUCAUGUUGCUACUGUUAUGAAUCGUAAUGUAAAUAUCUGGUA